UGUCAGUCGGCGGCGGCCAGUCACGCGCGUCGUCUGUACAAGUUCCAGCGGUUUCGUUGCACUGCCACCCGCUCGGCUGCCACUACUCACAUUUUGACGGCUCUCACGCUAGAGAGCGUGGAGGUCAGCUCGACCUCGCGUCGCAUUUUCAGUGCUUGGCGACUUCGCUCCGCGGUGCAGUGCAGAGCAUCGAACCGCCUGCGCCCGCAGCGCCGGCGGUACUCCAGCGCGUCGUUGUCGGUGCCUGUGCGUGUGUGACUGCGGCGGUGGUCUCGCCGCCGCGUUCUGUGACAGUGAGAUCGUGAGCUUCCCCGAUCGGUGCGGAUGUGCAGUGAUGGAUAAAUAAGACGGUGUGCGCGCGUAAACCGACGACCUGAUUAUUUUCCUGACAGACAGCGAGAGCGGGCCGUCAAAAUUGAGCCUAAACUGUAUCUAGAUUACAACGCCGCCCCGCUGUUCGCCUCGGAAAACGCCUCCAGUGAAGUGUGGAGCGCGGGCGGCGGGGCCGGCAGCGCAGCAGCAUGCGGUAGCAGCGGCAUGGACCUGAAGCACGAGGUGGCGUACCGCGGCGUGCUGCCCGGCCAGGUGAAGGCCGAGCCCGGAGUCAGCCACAACGGUCACCCGCCUGGCGGCCAUCCUCCCAGUGGCCAUCCGCCCAACGGCCACCCGGCCAACGGGCACGUGCGCGAGUGGAUGGCCGGCGGCGCGGCAGGCGGUGGCUCACCCUCACCGGGCGGCGCCGCACAACCCCAGCCCAACAACGGCUACUCCUCCCCGCUCUCCUCCAGCAGCUACGGACCCUACAGCCCCAAUGGAAAAAUAGGUCGUGAGGAGUUGUCCCCUGCGUCGAGUAUCAAUGGAUGCAGUACGGAUGGGGACGCGCGGCGGCAGAAGAAAGGUCCUGCGCCGCGCCAGCAGGAGGAGCUAUGCCUGGUGUGCGGCGACCGCGCCUCCGGCUAUCACUAUAACGCGCUCACCUGUGAAGGAUGCAAAGGAUUCUUCAGGCGGAGUGUUACCAAAAAUGCAGUAUACAUAUGUAAGUUCGGACACGCGUGUGAAAUGGACAUGUAUAUGCGACGCAAGUGUCAAGAGUGCCGGCUGAAGAAGUGUUUGGCGGUGGGCAUGCGGCCCGAGUGCGUGGUGCCGGAGACGCAGUGCGCCAUGAAGAGGAAGGAGAAAAAGGCGCAGAGGGAAAAGGAUAAGCUGCCCGUCAGUACGACCACAGUCGACGACCACAUGCCCCCCAUCAUGCAGUGUGACCCACCUCCCCCAGAAGCCGCCAGGAUUCUGGAAUGUUUGCAGCACGACUUGGUACCGCGGUUCCUCCCGGACAAGUUGCUGGAGCAGAACAGGUUGAAGAACAUCCCAGCGCUCACCACCAACCAGCAGUUCCUCAUCGCGAGGCUCGUCUGGUACCAGGAUGGCUACGAGCAGCCUUCCGAAGAGGACCUGAAACGGGUUACGGAAACGUGGCAGCAUGGGGAAGAGGACGAGGAAGAGUCGGACCUGCCCUUCCGUCAGAUCACUGAGAUGACGAUUCUCACAGUGCAGCUGAUCGUGGAGUUUGCUAAGGGCUUGCCAGGGUUCGCCAAAAUCUCACAGCCUGAUCAAAUUACAUUAUUAAAGGCGUGUUCGAGCGAGGUGAUGAUGCUGCGAGUGGCGCGGCGCUACGACCCCGAAACGGACAGCGUGCUGUUCGCCAACAACAAGGCGUACACGCGCGACAACUACCGCAAGGCCGGUAUGGCCUACGUCAUCGAGGACCUGCUGCACUUCUGCCGCUGCAUCUACACCAUGUCGCUCGACAACGUACAUUACGCCCUCCUCACCGCCAUCGUUAUAUUCUCAGACCGGCCGGGCCUCGAACAGCCGAAGCUGGUGGAGGAGAUACAACGGUACUACCUGAACACGCUGAAGAUGUACGUGGUGAACCAGCACAGCGCGUCGCCCCGCUGCUCCGUCAUAUACGGCAAGAUCCUGUCCGUGCUGUCCGAGCUGCGCACGCUGGGCAUGCAGAACUCCAACAUGUGCAUCUCGCUCAAGCUCAAGAACAGGAAGCUGCCGCCAUUCCUCGAGGAGAUCUGGGACGUGGCGGACGUGUCGACGACGCAGCCGCCGCCCGUCACCGACGCGCGUACGGAGCUCUAGCGGCCGCGCGAGCGCACCGCCCCCCGCGC